UAAGACUACUAGAAUUAGUAUGAUUAAAUAUUAUUUUGAAACUCAUCAUAAAGAGAGCUAUGAUAGACUCCAGUCAACAUUAUGGAUUAUUUGUGAUCAGAAGGCUUUUCAGAUUAUAGAAAAUAAAGAUUUUUACAAAUUAAUUUUAGCACUUGAUCUACAAUUUAAACAUACUGAAGUUUUUAUUACCAAAAAUAUUAUAGAGCAAGUAGAGUAUUUUGGGCUGGGCACACAAUUGUUGUCUCUCACUAUAGACAAUACAGCAAAUAUAGAUGCAUGUGGUUACUAUUUAGCAAGCUUAUUUGAGUUAUAUUAUAAUAAAGAUUUUUGUAGAAUUAGAUAUACUUCUCAUAUAUUGAAUCUUGCUGUUAAAGAAGGAAUUUUAGUUCUUGAUAAGUCUAUAAAAAAAGCCU